UCCUCCUCCAGUUUUUGGUGGUUGUCAUCCAAAAUUAUAUAUUUCAUUCAUAUGAUGUCCAGCAUCGUUUGUUUAAUUUCGUGUUAGAUAGAGAUUUUUGGAGCUCAUUGUUUGGGCAUACACACGACGGAUGGUUGGAGUCAGCGCAUAUAACCAUUUGGUACCGACUAUUGAAGGAGAGACGGUUUGAGAGCGACCGACAUACAAUAAUGCCUCCAAAUUUUUUUGUUUCUCAUGCUUUGGAAGAAGGACAGGACUGGAGGGCGUUUAUGGCUGGUAUUGCUACGUACCCCAACUUCAUGGUUGCUUGGUGGGAUGUUGAUACGGUCUUAUUGCCGAUUCAUUCAUCCCCUAAUCAUUGGCUAUUUGGGGAACUACGAUUAGCGUCAAUGGAAGUGCAUAUUUAUGACAGUCUUGGUAGAGGGGCUUAUGAAAAAUUCAAAUCUGAAGGAAUCUUUUCCAAAUUUGAACGUCGGGUGGCAAAUUAUUUGGACAAGAUUAAGUAUUGGGCCCGGAGGAACAUCCCAAGGAUUCCAUUGAAUAUGCAAUUCAUUUAUGAAGAAAAUGUUCCCCAACAAAGUAGUCAUUUGGGAGAUUGCGGUGUUUUUGUUUGUAUGUUUAUGGAGCAAUUGGUUUCAGGUCAACCAAUACGUGUUCUUAUUGACCCAAAGAACGCAGCUUUAGAGUUCCGUCUACGGAUGGCAAAAAUUACUUGGGGGUCUAGUCUUGGUCGUAUGUAG